ACAAGCGAGGAACAUAGGUGCCAGAGUUUUUUUCCUGCAGAGAAUAUGCAAGUGCCACACAGAUCUUAGAUGAAAGCAGUGACAUCAACCUUCAAUAAAUCUAAAUGGAUCAAGGGGUCUAAGUUCUACAGACAAACAAACACAAAAAUACCUAUGGCUUGCUUAUCUAUACUUAUGACUCCGGGAACAGAAUUUGCACUUUCAAAGUUCACAUGAAUAAGCUAGUCCAGGAAAGAAAAGUAGAAAUUUAGGAGAAAAAACAACUAUGGGGGUUUGUCAUAUCUCCCUGACUCCACAAAUCUGACACAUAUCUCACCGAAUCUGUCAGAAUUAUGUCAUAAAUAAAGGAAAAAGACUCACAAUGCAAUGAGACUCCAUAACACAAGGAACAAUAUUUCAUUUCAGACAGCCAAGUACAGGACACAUUCCAUACACACUUAACCAUGGCCUUGCCUGUGACACAUGAGUUUUAAACUGGCACUAAGAAGCACAUGAACUGCUUACGUAAUGCCAUUUUUUACUGCUCACUUCCUUGUUUUUGGUUGCUGAUCAACCUAUAGGAAGAUAUAGCUGUUAUUUACAUCCUUGUAAGCCUGAAUGACAAAAGUUAUAUUAAUUCACGGUUUACAAACUUCCAUUGUAUUAUAAAGAAAGAAAAAAAAAACGUAAGUGAUAAGGAAGAGAUAGAAAACAAUUGACAGUCGGCCCCAGACUCUGCGGUCAAACGUACAGGUCAUGUGACACCCGCAUCUGUACCGCAGUUUCCGCAUCGCACGCCAGCGCCCAGCCUUGUCAUCCACUCUCUAACAAACACCAAAAUCCCACCUUAAAUCCACCAGCCCUUCCGUAGACCACAAAGACCAGACAUCAGAGAAAGUAUCGUACAUCCUCUAUAUUCGGUUCGAGUCCGCGACAAUGACAGCUUUUCAGCAGGCUAUUAAGAAUUAUUGAGUGACUUAAAGCUUCGAGCUGGCGAACGUGACGCUGUAGUUACUGCUGUACCUUCCCCACGCCAGUCGAGAGAGACCAAGGCGAGGGCGUGCAGUCGUCGCGGCGCUGUCUCAGAAUGAACGCCUCUGCAGCGGAGGUCAUCUCAGGGUCGUGUCUCUGCAAGGGAAUCCAGUACUGCAUCACCAGCAGGACAUACCAAUGGCUUCGGUGCCACUGUUCCAUGUGCAGGAAGGCCAUCGGCGCUGAACACUGCACCUUCUUCGCCGUUCCGAUCGCCAAGCUGGAAUUCAAGAGUAAAAAAACACUUAAGACGUACAAGAGUUCUGAACACGCCGUGAGAUCCUUCUGCGGCAAGUGUGGGUGUUCAGUCUGUAUGAAGUAUGACAUUGAGGAACACACCGUCUGGUUCAACGCUGCGACUGUUGACGGAGACGUACCUGUAGUUGAUCCCCACCAGGUGUUCACCAAGGAUAAGGUUCCUUAUUUGGAAACCAUGGCUCGGGCCCAUGGCACCAUUGACAUAUCGGCGUGGGUUGUCGACUGUGCUAGAGAUAUGUAAUUUUUUCAUCUAAAGUGUAUUUUUUUCUUGUGUCGACUUCUGUAUUGCAUAGAACAGAUCUGAGAUAAAUAUUCAUUCAUCCACAAAUCUUGUAUAAAAAUAAGUAUCAUUUCUGAAUGCGCAGACCUUUCUGUAGUAGUGACAGUAAUAAGUUCGUUUAAUGGAUAAUUCUUGGUAUAAGCAUUUUAGAUUUACAGCCAAAGUUUAGAUACGUAGUAUUCAGAUAUACCCUCAUUAAUAUGAUGCAGACAUAAAUAAAGGACAUUUUAUCAUAUACCAUUAUGUGAUCAUUAAUAAAGAAAC